UUGGGUUUUUUUUUUUUGUUUCCCCCCCUUCCUGCCUUUCUUCCUUCCUUCUUCCUGGAUUAGGCAGCGAUCAAUCCUUCUCCCCGUUGUCUGUUUGAGGAACAGGUGAUCCUCGUUAGCGGCGGUCGGUUUCUGGAUGCGGCUCCCUCGUCUGCGUGUGAAGAAGGAUGGUGAUACCAGGCGAGACUGAAUCAGCGUAACUUUUACUUGGCAAGAGGAAAAACUUUCUUCCCCGUUUGAAGGCGUUCAAAACACGUAGCGUUAAAAGGCAGAAGAAGUUGGUUUUAAAGCUGAACUUCACUUUCCUGGGAUUUGUGUGUCAGAUUCAAAGGCUGCGUCGUUUUGUUUUUCUUUUUUUUUUCCUCCUCCCUUAUCUCCCAAAAGGAAACUGUUGCUAGUUGGCAUAGACUUUUUAAAUGUUUGGAAUUCAAGAUACUUUAGGAAGAGGACCAAUUCUGAAAGAUAAAUCUCUAGGUUCUGAGAUGGAUUCCGUCAGGUCCUGGGUCAGAAACGUUGGGGUUGUGGAUGCAAACGUAGCAGCACAAAGCGGAGUAGCUUUGUCCAGAGCACACUUUGAAAAGCAGCCACCCUCCAACUUGAGGAAAUCCAAUUUCUUUCACUUUGUUCUGGCUCUCUACGACAGACAGGGGCAGCCCGUGGAAAUAGAGAGGACAGCUUUUGUGGACUUUGUAGAAAAUGAUAAAGAGCAAGGCAACGAGAAGACGAACAACGGCACGCACUACAAACUCCAGCUGCUCUACAGCAACGGUGUCAGGACAGAGCAGGAUCUCUAUGUGAGGCUCAUUGAUUCUGUCACCAAGCAGCCUAUAACUUACGAAGGCCAGAACAAGAACCCCGAGAUGUGCAGGGUGUUGCUCACCCACGAAGUCAUGUGCAGUCGGUGCUGUGAGAAGAAAAGUUGUGGCAACAGAAAUGAGACUCCAUCUGACCCUGUGAUCAUUGACAGACAACAGAUUUCCCAGCAAGCUGGUGAGUCAGAAGAAGCUUAAAUAUUUUUUUGAGUGUGCUGGAAAAAUGAAGAAUUGACUGGUUGGGUCUGUGGAAGUCCUGGGUUCUGCUCCUUUGUCCCCCUCACAGUCCCUGUAUUUUUGUAGCCAUUCACAGGGUCUGUGUUUAACUAUAAACUAUAAACUAUGUGAUUUUCUGACUCUCCCUGAUAACACAAAGACAGUUGCUGAGAAGUGACGUGUGGAAAUACUCAGGUGAUGUGCAAUUUGUGAAGUUUCUUUCCCCAGCACUGCUGGUUGCUGCUGCCUGGGCUGGAGGUGCUGUUGCUUCUGGAAUGGAGCAAGAAAUGAGAUGGGUUUAAAUCACUGCUGGUUUCAAGCACAAAUUACUGGGGAGUUAAACAGAGCUGGAACCUUAUUUCCACCUGUUUCCAUUUGUGUUUUGUGCAGAUUUUCUCCUGGCCAUGUGCUGUCACUGUGGGUAUCUCUGCCCUCCUAAGACAGAGAUGCCUUUUGGGAUGUGUUAGAGGGAACACACGUGUGGGAGUGCCCACCAAUAUUAAUCACUUCAGUUCCAUUAAAUCUAUAACUAGAACAGUUAGCUCAUGUCCUGAUCUGAGAACUGUGAAGGAAACAUGGCUGAGCCUAAGCAAGGGCACAUUAUAUAAUUUAAAGAAAUAAAAUCUAACUAUUGCUACUACUGCCUGGAAGCCUUAAGAAAAUAAGUCAAAUGAAGACAAAACCCAAAGGAUUUUAGCAGUUCUGCAUAAAUCAGAUAAACUUUCCCGAUGCUCUAGAGCAUCUUGGACACAAGCAUGGAUGGAUUCCAGUCUUGUUAGAUUAGUUGAGAUAAAAAACAUUGAUGGUGCUUGGGCUAAAUCCUGAGCAAUGCAAAGUUGGCAGGAAAGUUUACACAUGGUGUAGGAAAACCCUUGUUUCCUUUUAAAUUGAGGCUUUUCCCUGUAAAUAGGGAGAAUUUGGUCCAGUUUGUGCUCAUAAACAGUGAAUGAGGAGGUUAAGGGGCUGCUGACCUCAGAAGGACAGAGAGCAGAGUAAGGAGCAUUGGAAUCAAUGAGGUUGGUAGUAGUGGAAAGGGGAAUGGAAAACAAGUUUCCCAUGGACUAAAGCACCUCUGGGAAUAGAAGCUGAGGAUAAAUUCACUGUGCAAACAGCGCAGAAGAAAUUCUGGGUAUGUAGAGCAGCAGUGUGUGACAUGGGAUCUCUACAGCUCCACUCCUUGGGUUUGUGUUUGCCUGGCUCCAUCUGCACUCGUCAAUAAAAAUGCCAAUAUUUCAAAGUAUUUGCAUCCUAAUGAAAGCAUCCUCUGUGUAUUUAUGACCUGAAAUGCUCUUCUCACUUUUGCACUCCUCCCGGCCUCUGUCUAGACCUGGUUUUAUGGACUUGUCACUUCAUCUGCCCUAAGCUUUUUAGUUACCGGCUCUUGCUUUCCUUUUGAACCUUUUGUUUUUCUCCUCAUCCCUUCCCUGUGUGUUCCUUUCACCAUCUGUUUCUGGUGGGAUCUCCCAGAUUUUCUGCCCUGUAAACAUCCCAGGGUUUCAGCCUCUCUGAACAGAUUUCUUCACCUCAAAGUUCUCCCAAUUAAUGUGUUCCUGCUUUCAGAUGGGAUAUUAAACAAUUUCUCCUGCUUGGAACAUCACCCCAAAUCCUUGUGAAGUGAAGAAAAGAUUGAGACUGAAAGUACAUAAUAUGCAUCUGAAGCUUAAAUCAGCUGGAGAUGUAAUUUUAAAGCUGUGUUUUGCCCAAGAUGAUGUAAGAGACAGGUUGUAGGACACAUUCCACAUCAAGGAGUGGAACCCAAGUCUUGUAUCCCAGGCUGGAUCAUGUAAGCAUGUCCUGGAACAACAUUUCCCCUCUCAGCUGUGAUUCACAUUCUCAUCUUUCUCUCUGGUUUGGAUCUGUAAUACGCUGCUGUCAUCCAAGCCAUCCUUCUUUUUCCUCCUUAUUAUUUUUCCUUUUUCUCCCCAUCUCCUCUGCUACUUUUCCUCACAAAUAAAUGCUAAUAUCUCCAUGGGCAUCCCACUUACAGUUCCACAUUUGGUGCCUUUUCCUCCAAGUGGAGUCCAUCGAGCUUGUAAAUCGUACUGGAUCAGUGAGCCCAUAAUGAGGCUUCUAAGUCCAAACAGUGCAAGUCUGCUGGGAUUUUAUUGUUCAUAAAGCUCCUUCCCUGGGGAGUGAUAGAGCCAUUAGGUGUGUGCUGUGUUUAAUAUUUGGUCAUGACAGGAAGCAAUAAUUUUUUAUCUUUUACUGUGGCUCCCGAGUUGUUUUUAAGCAGUCAGCUUAUUUAGUCUCAGUGGCUGUGAACCCAUUAGGCAAACAGCUCUUCCCUCCAUGAGUUUGUGUCUUCCUGCAAAGGCUUGUUUCAAGAAAAUAAAAUAAAAUCAAGUGGCAACUGGUUGCCCUGUGGUGGCUUUUAAUUCCUUGCCCUUCUCAGUGCCUGUUGCUGACAGGAAUUGACAUAAGGCUGGUUUCAUCAGCAUUUUUCGUGCUGAAUGAGAAUUUUUUAAAAAAAAUUAUUCCAGCAGAAAACAACCACCAAAGCUCCCAUGUGCAUGCUGUGUUAUGGGUUUGGGUAUUUAUCUUGUGCAAAUCCAUUAUUUAUUUCAGUGGAAGCAGCAGGAAGGUUGUAUUUAAGUAUUCCAGAAGUGGUUUUAUAUCUAUAUAAACAGAAAAAAAAUGAAAACAAUAGUUUUGGGUGUAGCCUGUAGGAAGCUUCUCCUCUGACCGUCCUUUCCUUGCACUCCCAAUGCUUUCUUCAAAGAACGAGGCAUCUUUCUCCAUGGAAUGUGUGAGGAAUUCUGCACAUUCUGUGUUCUGAUUGUACCACCAGGCUGCUUUUCAGCCUGAUUAUUGCAGGUGUUCCCUUCCUCUCUGCUUAGGUCUCUUCCUUUGCUCCAGGGGAAAAGUUUUUCACUUCUUCAUUUCCCCUCUGGGUCCUUGUCUUGGAUCUCUGAAGCUCAGUGGGAGAGGUUUGUAUCAGAAAGGGAAAAAGUAAUUGGCUGGCUCUGUAUCCCAGAGCUGUUGUGGGGGCACAGAAGCACGAGCUGGGUUUGCAUUAACCAGGAACACACAGGUUCCUUUUCCAAACCAAACUUGAGAGCAACAUCCUGGAGUGUUUGGGAAGAGGGAGGGCAAUUCCAGAGGUGCUUAAAGCACUUGAAAACAGCACCCAACAAACACAUGAAACCAACUCAUGGUAUAAAGAAAUUAAAGCUGAGUGCUAAUGUCUUACAAAUCAUAUUUAAUUAAUUUUUAAGAGGUGUGCUUAGGUUUUCCUAUCAUAAAAAGUUAAUUUAAAUGGAUCCUGGUUCAGCAAAGCAAUUAACACUUUGUAUUAUCUAGCAUCAACAUCAAGAAGGGUGUAUGUAAAUAGUUUAAAUGAAGUAAGUCCUGAGAAGAAAAGUGAAACUGGAAAGAUUUAUAUUUGAGGUCCUGCUUUCACAGUCACAUUUCUGUUAUAAAAUUCAUAUCUUGAAGUUGCCUUUUUUGAAAAGAUGGAAACGAGGUUUUUGUGUUUGCAUGACUCUAAACCACAAAGGGCAGUUUUGGGUGGCUGAUAAGGCUGAGUUCUUCCUCCUUCUACACCCAUUCACCUUUAGUUUUUGCUGUGGAAAUGAUCUUGGAAUUCGUGGCUGCUAGAAAUUUCCCUGGGUCUUCAAAUUUGUGUGUGCUAGAUUGUAAUCUGGAUUAGGAGUGCCUAAAUAUAAAUUGUAAUUUGCCUGAGGAGUGCUUGAAUUUGGUUUUCCAAAUCUCUACUCUCUUUGGGAAUGUGGGUGCUCAGGGCCUGGAGGAAAAUUAACCACAACUUUUCCAGCUGAAUCCCUGCCAGUAUAAAUCCUUUCCCUUGAUGCUGACAAAGUAUCUGCUCAGUCAAAAUUCCUCUGCUAAAGAGGGGAGAAAAAGCUGCACAGUGUUGUGUCAGCAUCACUUGGUCACACAGAACCUCAAAAAACCCCUCCAUCCUCUGGGAUGCUUUGGAUGUUUUGGUUUUUUUCCCCCUUUCCUCUUUAUCUGAAACAUUUCCCAGCAUUCCUUCAGGGACAUCUGGUUCUCUCUUUUUCCAGCUUUCCUUUGGCGCCUUCAAAAGGUGUCACUGUCAGUUCUUUCUCUUCAGCCAAACAGCACAGGCAGGACCCUGGUUCUGCCCAGGAAUUUGCCUAAAAUGUAGCUGUCCUCCAGAAGCAGACUGAAACCAUUUCUGGAAUGGGAGUGUGCACCCCUUUGGCUUUAAUUUUACAGGGAAAUAUAUAUAUUUUAUAUAUACACACAAUACAAUAUAUUUAAAAUAGUUACCUUAUAUAUUAUGUGUUAUUAUUAUAUGUUAAAUUAUUAGAUAUUAUAUUUUUACAGACAAAUAUAGCAUCUUUGUUUUUACAUGAAGUUUGGACUUUUUCUCCACUCAUAAAUUGAUGGUUCUUUAGAAUAAUAAAAUAUCAUAAUAGAGUUCAGGUUUGUAAUGGAUAUGUCAAAGAGGAUUUAAUUUAGAGUUACUUCUU